GGCUCUUUUGUUGUUCAUUCAUAGGUCACAUCGUGCAUUUUAUCAACUUAUCUUUGGGAGCUUACAUCAUCUAACUGUAGAUUUCUGGUGCCAUAAUAUUUGUCGAUGUUUUCUUAAAGGAGACGUUUCAACGAACUUUUAAUCUAUCAUUUGUGUUUGGAGAGUGUAACGCGUCUUGCACCACUGGAACAGGAAUCUACUCUGUGAAUACACGGAUCAGUGAUGCGCGUCGAAUUGUAAAUAAAUAUAUAAUAAAGCCAAACAAGCGGAUCUGCGUACCAGAGAGAUAGAUGGAAAGAUGUAACGAGGGUUUGUUUUAAUUAUUCUCAUUUUUCUUAACGCGCAAAUUGAGGACAAUGAAGAAAGUAUGCUUUGUUAUCUGUGUUUUGUUGACUUUGGUUUUUCCUGAAGUAAAAUGUUGGUUCGGAAAGAAACCUGCCAAUAAAAAGUGUUUGUUUGAGCCGUGCAAGGAUUACUGUAGGAAUGGCGGAAAGUGUAGCCAGGAUGACUCUACAUGCAGCCCCAUUAAAUGUGACUGUUUGCCGGGCUUUGCCGGGAAAAGAUGUGAGCAAAUUCUGAAUGAUGAUGAAGCAUCUGCGAAUCUCCAAUCCAACAGCGAUGAUUGUCGACUGCGACCGCUGGAGGAACGGGAGUGUUUUCCAUUUCGGUGUCUACAUGGAUAUUGCAAUAACACGGAUGGAAAUCAAAGAUGUGUCUGCGAUAAGCAUUGGACAGGUGACAGAUGUUCCCGGCUAGACUGCUCUUCUUGUGGAAGUGGUGUAUCAUGCAGCGAGACGUCGUCAUGUGAUGUGAUUUGUGAAAGUCCCAGCACUACAAAAAAAGUCACAGAACAAACAAAAUCUCCCGCGGGAAUGGCCCUUAGACCAAUUUCUGAACGUCUCUGUGCUCCAACGUUCGAGUGUAUUCACGGGUAUUGCAGAGGUACAAGUGGGAUCAGCUGUGUCUGUGAUGUAGGAUUCGGCGGGUUGUUCUGUUCUGUCACCAUACCCAUUACCACUCCGAAAACAGUCUUCAAAGCUCGUGACGUCUGCGCGGAAGACUACAUAUUACGUCCAUUGUCUGAUAGAAAAUGUUUAGAUGCAUUAACAUGCAAGUACGGCAUUUGUAAUAAAAAGCCGGUUAAUGUAGGUUCUCCACUGCGUUCAGAAUACGAGUGUGUCUGCGACCAGCACGCUAGCGGGGUUCAUUGCCAAUUCCAGUGUUGUCGUGACUGCGGGGAGUUCGGAAACUGUGUUGUGAACAAUGGUAACGAAUUUUGUAGUUGCCAGUUGGGGCAUUCUGGAGAAUUUUGCAAUGUGACAACAAAUGAGGUUGACCCUGGGGAACGGGUGGCUGACCCCUCCUCUGAUUGGCGGGCCUUGAUGUUGGGUAUCUGUGCCCUGAUUCUUGUCCUACUAUUGGUCGGUGUGGUGCUGGUGCCUUACUUCCUCUGGCGCCGAGGAUCCGUCUUUAUCAUGAAAAUCAUGCAUUUUUCUCAACCUGAUGAACAGAACGAUGGAAUGGAGUAUGACGCAAUCAUUAUGUACAGUGCCAGUUCGGACAAAGACGUACAGGUUGCUAAGGACGCGUUGUCUCCCUAUCUUCAACAGUGUGGCUACACCGUGAAACUGGAAGGAAAUUGUAAAGAUAAUGGUGGAGAGAUUCAACACACAAUCAAGCAAAGCCGUCGACUUAUCCUCGUCCUGUCCAGUGAUUUUAUCUACCAAGAGUGGCCUGCCCUCUCUGGUCACAUUUCUGAUGAACAAUUGUCAAAAAUGAAAAAAAGGGUCAUUCCACUAUUUUUAGCGGAAUCAAACAAGCGUUGCGCCUGCGAAGAUAAACGCCUCAGAAAUCUUAUUUCAAAAUGUGCUUUGAUUACAUGGUCAGACAUGGAAAAGGCAAAGAGUCUAAUACGAGUGAAAUAUUCACUCCCGAAAAAAGGUUGUGAGUCCCAUGAGAAAAGAGGAUACCAAGGACCGUAUCUGAAAGUGGGGCAAUUUUACAAAAAUGGAAAUGUGCAUGUGCAGAACACACCUGAAAACGAGAAUGUUCAUGAACAUAAAGAUGAACAAAAUGUUAAGCAGAAUUCCCUGAAUUCGGUAGAUUUCAACCAUAAUCCAUAUAAUAUGCCAUAUUACAAAGAGUGAUGGAUUCCAUUUCGAAUUAUAUGGAGCCAUUCAUUGCCAAAUUGAUAUGUUACUCGCUGGUUUUUGUGUAAAUUGCAAGAGUGUGUACUUUAUUUACAAUGCUUCCAUCCACUGAUGUAUUUAUUAUGACCAUCUUUGCUUCGAUAUUGAAGUGUCAUGACUUUUUAAAAAUAAAUUUGUAAGAAGAGAAAAUAAACCCAUUAAAUUGUUAACAUUGUAAA